AAGAACGAACUUAUCUCACGGUUAGUUUCAGUCUCUGGACAAGUUGGGAUCCAAGCGGACACUUGUCUGUGUGUCUGCGGGACAGAGGCGGUACAAUCCUCGGCAGUGUUCUGAGACUGUACGCCCCCCCCCCCCCCCCCCAAAAAAAACCUCGACCACCGGAGCACCGGCAAGCAGCGGCAGCAGCACCCCGGUCCUGCAGCCUCCUCAGCCGGCCUGACUCUGUGGAUUUACCCGCUGCAGCUUCGGUUCUUCAUCUGAAAACUGUCUCUGAGUUUCAUUACUGGGACUCUGAAGUUGGACUAAACCAUCGCGGGGAUUAAACCAUUGAUUUGUGCAGAGGAGGAAACAUGACUGGAGAUAGAGAGAAGAAGAGGGGCAGCUCGGAGCGUCGUAAGGAGAAGUCCCGGGACGCGGCUCGAUGCCGACGCAGCAAAGAGACGGAGGUUUUCUACGAGCUGGCCCACGAGCUGCCGCUCCCCCACAAUGUCAGCUCCCACCUGGACAAGGCCUCCAUCAUGAGGCUGGCCAUCAGCUUCCUGCGCACACGCAAGCUGCUCGCCACAGGCAGCAGCAGCAGCAGCAGCAGGGACGGACACGAGGACGGACAGAUGGACAGUCAGUACCUGAAGUCUCUGGAGGGCUUCGUCACCGUGGUCACAUCAGACGGGGACAUGAUAUUUCUGUCCGAGAAAAUCAACAAGUUCAUGGGGCUCUCGCAGGUGGAGGUCACUGGUCAGAGCAUCUUUGACUUCACACACCCAUGUGACCACGAGGAGAUCAGAGAAAACCUCAGUCUGAAGACAGCUGGCAGUGGCUUCGGUAAGAAAGGCCGAGAGCUGAGCACCGAGCGAGACUUCUUCAUGAGGAUGAAGUGCACGGUGACCAACAGGGGGCGCACUGUCAACCUGAAGUCGGCCAGCUGGAAGGUGCUGCACUGCACCGGCCACCUGAGGAUGUACAGCAGCUGCCCCCCCCGGGUGCUGUGCGGCUUCAAGGAGCCUCCGCUCACCUGCGCCGUCCUGAUGUGCGAACCCAUCCAGCACCCGUCCAACAUCGACACGCCGCUGGACAGCAGGACCUUCCUGAGCCGACACAGCAUGGACAUGAAGUUCACCUACUGUGACGAGAGGGUAACACAACUGAUGGGUUACACACCUGAGGAGCUGCUGGGUCGCUCGGUCUACGACUUUUACCACGCCCUGGACUCAGAUAGUGUCACCAAGAGCCACCACAACCUGUGCACCAAGGGGCAGGCGGUGAGCAGCCAGUAUCGAAUGCUGGCGAAGAGCGGAGGCUACAUCUGGGUGGAGACUCAGGGAACUGUCAUCUACAACAGUCGUAACUCGCAGCCUCAGUGCAUCGUCUGCAUCAACUACGUCCUCAGUGACAUCGAGGACAAGUCCAUGGUUUUCUCCCUGGAGCAGACGGAGUCGCUGUUCAAGCCGCAUCACAUGAGCAGCUUCUUCACCGCAGGAGGCGCAGGUGUGACCGGAGAGCCCGGAGACAACCUCUUCUCCAAACUCAAGGAGGAGCCGGAGGACCUGGCUCAGCUGGCUCCGACACCCGGGGACACCAUCGUCUCCCUGGACUUCGGUCGUCCUCAGUUCGAGGUGUCCACUGCAGCCAUGCUCCCUCCAGGACCUCCAUCCUGGGGCAGUGAGAGCCACAACCCUGCGGCUCCGGCAUCGGGCCAGACCCCGGCUCCGGCUCCUGGAGACCUGGCGAACAUGGCUGCAACUUUCACCGUGCAGCAGAACCUGCCGCCGGGCAGCGCCACCCCGAGCCUCAGCAGCUGCUCCACCACGCCGAGCAGCCCAGGUGAUUACUACAGCUCGCUGGAGAGCGACCUGAAGGUGGAGCUGACGGAGAAGCUGUUCGCUCUGGAGACAGAGAGCAGAAGCAAGCCUGCAAACACAGAGGUUUCCCAGAGGGACUUGACGGACAUGGACCUGGAGACUCUGGCUCCUUACAUCCCGAUGGACGGAGAGGACUUCCAGCUGCACCCCAUCCUCCCAGAGUCCGAGUCCCGGGAGGGGAGUCCAGCCGGGUGCAUGGGCAGCAGCAAUCCACAGACACGGAAGUCGUCCCACCAGAGCUUCAGCAACAUCACCAGUCUCUUCCAGCCCCUGUCCUCACCCCCGCACACCCAGGGCCACUAUCAGGCCCGGCCAGCUGCGUCCUGGGCUACGGGGGAGAAGAGGGGCUCCGGCCAGGGGACGGUGAACCCCCACGCGGUGCCAUACAUGAUGGGACACAUGCAGAUUCCCCCGUACCAGGCCCCUGCAAGCACCCCUCUGUCCUCCAUGGGUGGCAGGCAGAACAUGCAGUGGCCACCGGACCCUCUGUUAACCUACCAACAACAGCCACAGGCCGCCAAGGCCUACCUGCUGGACAGCGUGUCAGGAGAGACGCUCCCGUCCUGCCAACAGGACAUGAGCCAUCACAUGCAGAAACAGAGGUCCAUUGAACAUUUUGGACAAGCCUACAGAGACAUGAGUCCAGCCAGAGUGGCCAUGAACAACAGCAUCAAGCGCUCCUUCACCCAGAUGACCGUGGGCGACCAUAAGGCGCCAGAACUCAUGUGGAAGAAGAUGAGGGGUGAGAGCUGCGUCUCCAUGGAUCGCUCCCUCAGCGCAGGAUCACUGACAGAGUCGAGGAUGUUGCCCGGCAGCAUGUCAUCGUGUCUCAGCUCCCUGCAGCAGCACAGGAAGUCUCAGAACCCAGGAAACGGGAUGGGAGGCACAAACCAGAACGUCUUCACACGCAAGAGCUGCAACUACAGCGAUUAUAACCUGCUGCCUUCACACAAGGCCGAGGGUAUAGCCAGUCGUCUGCUGGGCCCCUCGUUCGAGCCCUCCUGUCUCCCCCAGCUGACCCGUUACGACUGCGAGGUCAACGUGCCGCUGCAGGGGAACCUGCACCUCCUCCAGGGCUGUGACCUGCUGAGAGCCCUGGACCAGGCCACCUAGAGCCCCAGGUCCAAACCCCACCGUAGACCCAGACUUAACCCUAACCCUGAACCUCAGACUUACAUUUUACACCUCCGGGCCCCUGAAAGCCCCGAGGCUAAGCUACCUAUAGGGAAUGUGCUCAUAACCACGUCCUGCCUUAUUUAGCUCCUUUCACCGACUCUCUGUCCACUCUGUAGAUCUGUAAACAGAAUCCACACGUGUCAGACGACGUGGGGGAAAAAGGUCAAUGUGGGUCAAUUUUCUAAAACGACGCCUGACCUGCGUCCUGUGUUCAGACGUCUCGAGGCCGUGAUUCCUCAAAGGUCACAGGUCGACUCUGCUCACAGGCGCAGGAUACACUCGGGUCUUUUGGUGUAAACAGGGUAUUAGAGGUGUGAGACUCACACACACACACACACACACACACACACACACACACACACACACACACAAUCUGCCUUAAAGGCCGAACGUCUGCAGCCACACACACACAAACACACACAUGCACACAUACACACAUGCCACGACCAGCCAUGUAGGCACGGGAUUCAAACCUACGACCUGUGUCUUAUCCGUCUCGUCCACAGACUCUAUGCAGCUCAGCCUUACGUCUCCUUCUCAUUCAGCCCUGAGAGGAUUAUUUGUGUUAUCAAACCACCGACACUCUGAGAUUAUCUGACCAGCGAUUAGACCCAGACCACUUGUUCGGCUCGGACUCGAGGCUCCGACCGGAACAGGUGGAAGUGUAGCCAUUUUUAAAAAUCAAUAAGAACUGAGGAUUCUUUACUGAAUAUUGAUUCUGCUCGUUGAUUCCAAAAGACGACGUCUUCAUCCCUGCAGGGCAGAAAUCGCCUGAAUUCAAUCUGUUGUAAUAGCAGUGGAUUUUAUUCAUUAAAUUCUGAGUAACAAUUACUUUCUGUUGAACUUAAAUAGUUGUAGGAAAAUCUCCACAGAGGAGGCGACAUAUAUCGAAUCCAAGUGUAAAGAGUUGACACGUAGCUGAGGUCUCCUCAAAGUGCCUUAUGGAAGUUAUGAUUUGGUGAUUUACAAACAAGAUUGAAUUAAUUGUCAGAAAGUUCCAAAAUAUUUAACGUCAAGUUUAAAAUCGUUCUGAAAGAGGCUUUAGCUAAAUGUUUACGGCAAUUAGACGUCAGAAGAGAUACAAGUUUUAAAUGACACAAAAACUUUUAUCAUCUAGGGGGCAAUAUGUAACGUUUUCCAGAAUAAAAUGUGUUUUAAAGUUUUUUGAUAGUUAGAUUUAACUUAACUCUGGAAUCAAUAAGCAGAAUCCAAGAGGACGCCUCUCUCUGCUCAGGCCUUUCUCACCAUCACAGCACACAAUUCAUCUGUUAAACACACAAUGCAUGACUUAAUGUGUUUUAGUUAUUACAGUUCGUCUGUUAUUGAACUUUCAUCAAAUCUGCCCACGUUAUUUCACCCAAAUCGACACUUUACCGUAUCAAUACUGCUUUUUUUAUUUUCUUACUCUACCUACCAGAUUAUUUUAUUUUUUGUGUCUAUCUCAAAGACACACUAAUAAACAUAUAUUGCAAUACAAGUACUCUACUGUAAGUUUAAUAUUGAUAAGUUGUUGUUUUUUCUUCUUACCUCUCAGUCGGGUAAGUAGCUCGUGUGACUACAGGGUUUUUUUCUUAUCGUGCAAUUAUUAUUAUUUCAAAAUGUGAUAAAGUUGAUAUAGUCAGCAGCAAAGCUAUCGCCUUAUUCAUUUAACUCAUAGCAUGUACAAAAGCGGCCUGGUAGACACGCACAGGAUUAUGUAUGUUGCAGGAUUACACACACACACACACACACAAACACACACACACUCACCCACAUGUGUCACGCUAAACAGGAAACAAUAAGAAACAGCAGGUGUGUGCACAGGAAGUGGGACCUCUCCUGUUUAAAUGUGUCGGGCUCUUUAACGAUUCUAUAGAUUUACACGUUAUUAUUUAUUUUCAUAUUCUGCAGAUUCAGGCAGCGACAGUGAGCGUCAGUGGAGAUGAUUAAAAUUAGGAUGGAACAACGUAAAUGAAAGAUUUCAAGUUGUCCUAAAAACGAAGACAUAAAAGUUAUAUGUUAGUGAAGCAGCUUCACUUUUCACAUUUUAAACUGAGAAAAAAUAUUUCCUUUAAUUUCCUUUGCUGCCUCUUUUCUUGAGAAUAUAACUCAGAGCGUUGUCCUUCUCUUUCUCAGAAUUGAGCAGAAACACAUGUUUACCUAGUGCGUUUGAAUAGUUGAUUUGUAGUAAAUAAUCUAAAAUGUGCACCUUAAAUCCAGCUAUGGUUUAUUUAUUGGGGGGCGUUCAAGCCACUCGAGCCAAUCAGAAGAGAAUUAGAGGAGUCAGGAGGACGACUGGGCCAAUCAGAGACUAAAACAAUGGUUUACCGUUAACGCCACUUCGGUUUGUAGAUGAAAAAGCACAGGAGAGGUCACCGCUGAGUUCACCGCUGAGUUCACCGCUGAGUUCACCGCUGCACUAACCGUGUCAGUAGACUCACAAACUUAUUACAACCGUUCAUCGGGUGUGAACAUGUCAGAAUCAGCCGCCUGUGAAGUGGAACGUUUGUAUUUUUCUUAGACGAUGACAAGAAUCAUGACACAUGAUAUAUUUUCCAGGAGAUGUUUUCACAUGUCGAUGACUAACGUCUGCAGCUGUGCUCUCUCUCUCUCUCUCUCUCUCUCUCUCUGUGUUUCUCGCCCUUCUUUUGAGGUAUCUGCUGUCGUGUGGUGACCACUUCUAUGAACUCUAGAGCUUUGUGCACAUACAUGUUACGUAUUUGAAGCUAAUGUUGAAGAGUGUUUUUGUGUCCUGGUACUUUGUCCCGGAGCUGAUCCCUCGUCGUGCUCUUUCCUCUCGUGCCGUCUCCGUAUUAUGUUUUUGUUUUUUAUUCUUCCCUUCAGAGUUUUAUCCCUAAAUUUGUAUCCGAUCUGUUUGCUGGCCAGUAACGUUAUUUUUUUUGUUCUUGCUUUGAAUUGCUCGGUUUAAAGAUAAACAUCUUUUUUUUCUAAGUUUCACUAUCCAGAUAUGUAGCAUUUUUUAUUUGUUAAGACGAUAAAGUUGCCACAUGAUUAAUCACAUAGUUCUCCAGUUGCUUGUUAGACAGAGUAUGUGUCAUGUGUUGAAUUGUUCUUCAAUCCAGUGGAUCCACUAACGCUGUUCCCUGCUUUACGUCGCUGAAAUGUUCUAUACGGUGGAUUUUAAUAACUUUAUAAUGUGCCUUAAAAUGAGGAGUUCACCCUUCAGCAGCACAGCCUGUGUCCAGCAACCUUUAGACAACAUCCUUCAUAUAUGAGGGGAGUAUUAUUGAAGAUUAUCCAAACUUAAUAUUGCAUUUUAUCUAAAAAUAACAUGUUCAAGUGCCAUUUUAUGGAUAAAUUGCAUUAAAUUUCCCUUUUUUCCCCAAGUUUUAAUUUGAUUUAGCUCAUUAAACUCUAAUAUACACUUUAACUGAAACUCCUGAAGUUUGUUUGAAUGUUUUUCAACCCAUUGGUCAUGAUAAUCGUCCCAAUUAUGAACCACAAUUAGAGAUUCAGAGCUGGAGUUGGUUAAUCUUCAUAAUAAACCCUCAGGCUUCGUACUCAACAUCCCCUGUAGCCUCUUCACAGUGACAGUAGAACCCCCAUAGAUUUGAGUAGAACCCAUUAGAACCCAUUAGAACCCAUCAUAGAUCCCCUGGUGAUGACGAGUCAAAUUUUACUGAAAGGUUUCAAAGGAAAUGGAUUCAUUCAGCUCGUCACACGAUGAAGCUGCUCGCGGGGUUUUAGGUUUAAUGGAAUAAAGGGAGAUUAUUUGUCAGAGGAGGCUGCAGAGUUCGAUCCAAGCACAUUUUAAUAAUCCGCAAAAACUUGUUUAACUCCAGAUGAUGCAGAUCCUUAUCCAAGAGAAUUUAAAAGAUAUAUUUUAGGUGUAAUGAUGUGUUCGCACAAUACAUUAACUUGAUAUACAUGGGACUUUUGUUUUAUGUUAUAUCUUUUAUUGCCCAGUUUGUAUUUCAACUAAAUUCUCAAUGUAAGAAUAUUUCAAGAUCUAAAUCUAAGAAAUAAGUGAAAAACAACUGAUGUUCCAGUUUUGUUGUGUCUAUAAUGAAAUUUGUUAAAACUCAGAUUAUAUGUAUAUAUAUAUAUAUAUAUAUAUAUAUAUUACUGUGAGAGGGAUUUGAGCAGAGAAACAGUUUGAAGAGUUUGAUUUUGAUAACAAACUGAAAGAUGACCGACCUGAAGAGAUGGAACCUGCUCAGUCUGCAAACUGACGCACAUCCCUUCACUCCUCUGUUUCUCCUCUCGCUCCAUCUCACUUUCACUAAACUAAAUCUAUUUGUUUUCUCUCAUGUGCAAUUACUUUAGACAAGGAGCCAUUUUUAAAAUAUAUAUUAUUUAAAAAAUGUAAUAUUUAAAUAAUAUAAAGCCUGUAAAUUAAGCUUUAAAAUUGUUUAAAUUGGUCAAAUCAUCUUUUAUUUUAACUGUAACUUUACAUUGCAAUAUAUAGAAAUAUUUUUGUUCAAGUGCUAAAUGCAGUUUCUGGAGACGAAAGAGGUUUUAGGAAAACUUUAAAUGUCUUUAAACACGUGUAGAAGAAGUGCGUAGCACUGCAACACGGAUGUUUUUAGCUAAUUGUGUUCAUGUAUGUGGAGAUAGAUGGAGAGAGGGAAGUCGAAUUUCAAAAUAAAACUGUAGGCAGAGGAGAAGCCCCGCCCACUUUUAAAGAUUUAAAAAAACAAGAGCAGUUCUCAACUGUUAAAAAAUAACGACAGUUGACAAAAUCUGUGAGAACUAAACAUCAAGCGAAACAGAUGCAGUGGGCGGGGCUGCAGUUCUCUACUUAAACUCUAGAGGGCGUGUCACCAGUCCUAGUGCUCAUCACGCUGUGCUGCUCGAAGGGUGUUCCUCCGAAAACAAGAGUGACAAUAAAAGGUUCCAGGAUUUACUUCAGUUGUUCAUUGCUCGUCUUCUUUAAACACAAAUAUCUGCGUCUUGUCUUUUUUAGUAUUUCCUGAUGGGAUCCGAGUUCUGCUACAUCUGUUGUGAAACAGUUCUCUUAGCUGAUUCUACAUUUUUUUAAUAUGCAUAAAUUUCAUAUUGAUCUUAUUAUUAUCAUAUAUUGUUAUCAUUGUUAUUACUAUAUGGGGAACUUAACCUGAUAAGAAGUUUGUGUUUCUGCACUGAUCUUAUUAUUAAAGCAUAACUGAUCUUACCCUCCCUCA